CAUUUCUCAUGAAUGUCAUAAUAUUUAGAAAUUGUGAAAUUAACAGGAUAGAUUUUAUGGAGUAUUUUAAAGUGGACUUCCUUAACCUUAUUAGAUGUAAACUUGCCCGCUGUGUCCUUUUUCCUAUCCUCCAGGUAACUUCACGGGCUCCGUACUAAAGAACCCCAGUAUUAUUAUACCGUCUCUUUGAGGAAAUGUUGGGUCUGUUUAAGACAACCUGACGUCACUGCCUGCGCAACUCAGUGCUCACUACUGCAUCAAACUGAAAUAUCCCGAACGAACGAAGGGAAAACCAAACGAGGUGGAUGAAAUACACGCCAAGCCGAGGAGAGAGAUAAUAAUAAGAGCGGGAAGAGUAACUUCUACAGGACAUACUUUUACCCACAACAUGAUGGAAAUAAGAUGUACAAUAAGAAGCAUGAAGAAUUUGUGAAAUGAGCCGAAGUCGCAUCUGAAGUGUUGGGACCACUUGUCAUGCUGAAUGUCUAGACUGAAGACACCAAGCACUUCCCACCUUCUGCUCCUGGUCCGAGUCAAAGGGACAAGAGGGUUUUCUCUCCAGCCACAAUGAGUGAUGUUGCCAUUGUGAAGGAAGGAUGGCUACAUAAGCGAGGAGAAUACAUAAAGACAUGGAGACCAAGAUAUUUCUUACUCAAGAGUGAUGGAACAUUUAUUGGGUACAAAGAGCGACCGCAAGAUAUUGACCAGCUGGAAACUCCACUCAAUAACUUCUCAGUGGCGCAAUGUCAGCUGAUGAAGACGGAGCGACCGAAGACAAACACUUUUAUUAUUCGGUGCCUUCAGUGGACUACUGUUAUUGAACGCACUUUUCAUGUUGAGACCCCAGAAGAAAGGGAGGAGUGGACAAAGGCCAUCCAGGCUGUGGCAGAUAGUCUACAGAAGCAGGAGGAAGAGAGAAUGGACUCUUCACCUGACCCCAUGGACAUGGAGAUGUACCUGUCCAAACCUCGACUCAAAGUGACAAUGCAUGACUUUGAAUACCUCAAACUUUUGGGGAAAGGCACUUUUGGGAAGGUCAUACUAGUGAAGGAAAAAGCCACGGGCAAAUAUUAUGCCAUGAAAAUUCUCAAGAAGGAUGUGAUAGUAGCAAAAGAUGAGGUAGCACACACACUUACUGAAAACCGGGUCCUCCAGAACUCCAAACACCCUUUCUUAACUGGUCUGAAGUAUUCUUUCCAGACUCAUGACCGAUUAUGUUUUGUCAUGGAGUAUGCAAAUGGAGGAGAGCUUUUCUUUCAUUUAUCACGAGAUCGAGUUUUUUCGGAAGAGAGAGCGAAGUUUUAUGGGGCAGAGAUUGUCUCAGCCCUGGAUUACCUUCAUUCGGAGAGAAACGUGGUAUAUAGAGACCUAAAGUUGGAGAACCUGAUGCUGGAUAAAGAUGGCCACUUAAAGAUCACAGACUUUGGCCUGUGUAAGGAGGGAAUUACAGAGGGAGCAACAAUGAAGACAUUCUGUGGUACACCAGAGUAUCUCGCUCCAGAGGUUCUGGAGGACAAUGAUUAUGGCCGCGCAGUGGACUGGUGGGGGUUGGGUGUGGUUAUGUACGAGAUGAUGUGCGGCCGGUUGCCCUUCUACAACCAGGAUCAUGAGAAGCUCUUUGAAUUAAUCCUCAUGGAUGACAUCCGUUUCCCUCGUACACUUGGGCCUGAGGCAAAGUCAUUGCUGUCAGGACUGCUCCAGAAAGACCCAAAACAGCGGUUAGGUGGAGGUCCAGAGGAUGCAAAAGAAAUCAUGCAGCAUAAGUUCUUUGAAGGCAUUGAGUGGCAAGAUGUUUAUGAGAAAAAGCUUAUUCCACCUUUUAAGCCCCAGGUAACCUCAGAGACAGACACUCGCUAUUUUGACGUGGAGUUUACAGGGCAGACUAUCACCAUCACACCCCCAGGCCAAGAUGAAAACAUGGAGUCCUUUGACAGUGAUAGAAGACCCCACUUUCCUCAGUUCUCAUAUUCUGCCAGUGGCACAGCAUAAAGAACCCCUUAAAAAAUAGUUGACCCAGAAAUUAAAAUUCUGUGAUUAUUUA